AUGGAUGGAGAGACUUGCUCGCACAGUGGAAGAAGCCAACGUCGUAACCUCCUCCGACCCACUGUGGUGGGGCCGUGUAGUAGACGCAGCAGCGUUCGAGAUCGUCCGGGUAGUCUUCAGCCGGAAGGGCAAACCCGUUGCUGCUGCCCACGAACAAUGCCAGCCCCUGCAGGCAAUGCUCCAUGUACACGAGUGAUUCCGUCUCUGGUAUGUAUUUGUGAACGUCGAAACCGACCGUCGUGUAUGGAGCUGUAUGGUCGUCGUCGUUGUAGUUUGUAUGCUCCACGAACCGCCUCACAUGGAAAAGCUCGUCCGAUUGCUCGGCCACUACAAGGAACCGAUAGCUCUUGCAGAGUCGUUUACGUUCCGACUCCUUGGAGUCUGAGUUGGAGGCCACCGGAUAAUUGUCUUUAUCUACUGAAACGGCCAUUGGGAUCAUCCUUGGAGAGAGCGGGUCCUGCAGAUCCCAAGCCUCCAACAGAGUACCUCAUGAGCCAAGGCGAGGGUUUGGGCAGCCAGGGCGAGGUUGGUGGUGGCUGCGAACGGGUCGGUUGGGGUUCGUCGUCGACUCGGCUGCUGCUUGUGCUCAUCGUCACGGAAAAAUUAUUACUUCGGCCCAACAUACGAGGGGGAAAUUUGAUUGAUGGCGGGAUGAAGUUGUGGUGGCUGAAGAGCACAAGGCGGCUCGGAUGGAGAAAGCCAUGGCCUAUAGAAAAGAGUAUUCUUAGGGUCGAAUUAGAAGAAGGGGGCAAAUCGGAUGGGCCGAUCAAAGAGGUUAAUGCUGAUGGGCUGGUUAAGGAAUUUAAAGAAAUUGGGCCGACCAAGGAAGCUGUGCUGUAG